UGAGGAGAGCUGAAUUCAUCCUGACCCACAACAGUGCGCUAGGACUUUAACUACUCUAUAUUCAGCCAUCAGUAUCAGUUCCUCCUGUCACCAUGAAAACUGUUUUCGUCCUUUGUAUCUGCUUUCAACUCUGCCUUGCUAUAGGCUUCAGAUCAGAUUCUGGUGAGAUUUCAAACCAAGAAUGGAUCAAAGAACAACUUGAAAACAUAACGAAAAAGCUGGAAGAAGUAGAAAAGCAAAAUGCGGAUGUGAUUUCAAACCAAGAGGGGAUGAAAGUACAACUUCAAACCAUGACGAAAAAGCUGGAAGAACUGGAAAAACAAAACGCGGAUGUGAUUUCAAACCAAGAGGAGAUAAAAGAACAACUUUACAAAUCAAUGAAAGAACUGGAAGCAAUAACAGAGUACAUCAUUGGGAUGUUGGUUUUAAGCAUUGCAGUUAUGCUAAUUGCUAUUGGCCUUGCUGUUUACAAUUUAUGGACCACAUAUCGGAACUCUGAGAGAAGGAAGUCAGAAAAUCUUGCAAAACUAAAUGAAUUGAAAGAGGACCUGGAGAACAAGAAAGAGUACCUGGAGAACAAGAAAAAAAAUCUGGGCCAACAACUCAAAGAGGUUGAGAUUAACAUGAAGAAAAACAAAGACGAACUUCUGCAGGUGGAGGGGAAAAUAACUGGAGAAGAUACUUCUGAUGGCAAGGAUGAGUUAUUAAGGAGAAAAGAACAUCUGUUAAACUACCAGUGGAAACUUGAUGAUGAAAAGAAAGCCUGUGAAAGACAGCUACUGGACACGGAAAAGGCUCUUGAACCUAUUGAAAUCAAGCUAUCAAAAAUAAGAAAGGGAAAUUAAGAUAUUUAAAAAAGGUUUCAAAGAGUAGUACAGCAGUAUAGAUUUCAGGUAAAUAAUUAAGACAAAUGUGGGUUAAUUAUUAUUGUUUUUUUAAUCAGCUCUUAACAUAGGGCAUAGCUGCUAUAACAUCUGAUGGGGAAAAAAAAUAAUGCUGAUGGAAAAAAAACAAACAAGUAUAUGUAAUUUAGGCCCAAACCUUGAUCUAGAUCUUUUAAAAUUAGAAAAGAAGGACAACUGAAACAUUUAUCAUGACUCAAAAUGUUUUAUGAAGUAGAAAUAGCUUAUUGUAAAAAACAGUAUAAAGUAGCCAAAGGCUUUGCACAGUAUUAAAGAUAUAAGCUAUGGGUGGGUUGAGGGGUUUGAAUCACAUACUUGCAUCAGUUGGUCUGAUCUAAACACUUGGUGACCAAUCCCCUUAUUACUCCAUCACUUAUUUUUGAGAAACUAAAAUGAAACAUUAUUCAUUAUUUGAAAUCAAAUGCAUAUUAGGCUGUUUUGUGAUUUAUUUGGCUGUCCAUAUCCAAAUAGGACUUCUAUUUCAGUUUAUAAAGUCAACAGGCAUUUUAAGCAUUAAAUCAAAUUAUCCGGCUGUUUUUUUCUUCAUAGUUUUGACUAUAUCUCCUUUUUUGUGUUUUUUUAGUUUGAUCUCAAACCAAAAAAAAAACGGUGUAAACAUAGAAAAAUUGUGCACUUUUUUUUUCUGUUGGUAAGUUCUAUUUCUUUUAUUUAACUGAUAUAUAAUUAAUAUAGCCCCAUAUUUGCAUAUGAUUCUACUUUUAACAGUAACCUUUUGUUAGUGACCUUUUUUAUAAAAGAAUAAAUAUUAAUGACCUACAGACUUCUAUGAUAUUAGUGGGAGAGAGUCCCUAAGUUAACUUGGAAGUAAAAUUAUAAAAUAAUUAUAUUUCUUUGAAAAAAAAUGUAAAGUGUUUAAGAUAUUUUCUGUGGCUGUUAUUUUAUUGGAUAAUGUAUUCUUUGUAUUCUGUAUAGCAGAGACCCAUAGGAAACAGUACUGAAAU